AAAACUACCAUGGCUCAUUUUACCAAGGCUCACAUACUGACAUUGUGCCUCCUUCCGUUGCUCAUGGUGAGUUCAGACACGAGACUGAUUUCUAAUGGAUUCUCGGAUGUGCCAAAGCAAAUCGACAGUGAAAUAAUCUUGCGGAACUUAGGGUACAGCGUUCCCAAGUCCGGUAAUGUCCCGAGGAGAAUGAUGCAGGGAGUGGAAACCGACAAAACCACGCCAGGAGGGCCGGAUCCUCAACAUCACUAGCAACUACUGGCAAUUGAUAUCGAACUUGUGACUUCAAAGAACGGGGAAUGGGAGUAGAAGAGCAUGGGAGGUUGACAUGUCGCUUUUUCUGUGAGACCGGGGAACAGAGUGAUCAUCUUGUUUUCCAUUUAUUUCGGACUUACGAG